GUUCGUCUCCGGUCCGUUUGCGAGAUCUGUCCCCCUGUUACAAUUCUCUGCUAUCGAUACAGGAUCUUUUGUGGCAGCUCAAAGUUAAUUUUUUUGUUUAAAAAUGCCUUGCGGCAAAAGUUUCAGAAGAAGACAGGAAUCAUCAGACUCGGAGGAGGAUGAGACGACCAAGGAAGUCAGGUACGGACUUAUUUUUAUUAACGACAACAACAAAACACUGUUUGGCACGCUGUCAGCUGAUAAAUCCUUUUAUUCUGUUCGCAAAUCAAAAGUCAGCCACAUUUCUGUAAUCUAAACCUCUUCUCUGAUUUGAGAAGUGUAUUUUUAUAUUUUUACAUAAUAUAUUGUGUGUGCUUAAUUCAGAUCAAAAGUGGAAGAGGCCAAAGAGCUUCAGAGUUUGCGGAAACGACAGACUGGAGUCAGGUAUUGUAAAUCUAAAAACUACUGUUUCUCAAAUAUUUAUCAUCCAUGUUACACUGAAAAGAACUAUAAAAGAUAUCUUUGUGUAUUUCACCUUUUUGUCCAGUGUGACCGCCCUGUUGGUGGGAGAGAAGUUGCCACCAGAGGCUGAAAUUGAUGUAAGGACACAUUUGAGAAGUGAUAUAUUUGGAUUUAUUUACAGUACAUUUGUUUGAAUAUCUACUGAUACACCAUCUUAUAAUAACACCUUGACAAUUGCUAUUGCAACUGGAUACAACAGUUGUACCCCUGUUAUGUUUUAUAAUACUUUGAAGAAGCCUAUACCUCCUCAGUUUAGGUUAAUCACACAGGUGAUUAUUGUUAGCUUUAAAGGUAUUUUCAUAUAUUUUGUCUACUUCACUGACAAACUAGAGGAGAGUAUAACAUUAGACACACCUUCCAUCAGUAUUUACUGUAGUACACCACCAACACCCACCACAAACUUUCAGUACAAAUGGAAAAGGAGGCUUGGUGUAAGUAGAGUUUGCUGUAAAGUGGUUGUAAUAGGUUGCAUUAGAUUUCUCAGGUGUUUUUAUCAUGUUGGGUUAAGUCAGUGUAUCUUGUCGUUAAUUGAAACAUUUCCCACAGAAUGACCCUUUUAAACUGAAGACUGGAGGUGUGGUGGACAUGAAGAAAGUCAAAGACAGGAACAGGGACAUGUAAGUUAAUCUGCCCGGCACACAUUAUUUGACUGUUUUAUAAUGUAAAAUAUUAAUAUUGCAUGUGCUAGUAUUUUAAAAUAAAAUUUUAUCAAAUAUGAUCUUUGUUUGACCUGAAAUGGCUUCUUUUUCACAUGCAGGACAGAAGAGGAGACAGACCUCAACCUGGGCACAUCCUUCUCUGCAGAAACAAACAGAAGAGAUGAAGAUGCAGACAUGUACACAUUCCCACUGUUUUCAUACAACUCCAAUUAAUGAAUGCAUAUUUAUAUAAGUUUUGAGAUAGAAGGUUCUCUGAAUUGUAGUUAAAGGUAUUAUAAUGCUGCCCCUAAUUAUGUUUUUCUGUACACUGUUAUUUACAAAAGGCCUUAUGAAAGUAUUCACACCCUUUUUUCCUGUAUUCAUUCUUAAAGGAUGAAAUAUAUUGAGACUGAGCUGAAAAAGAAGAAGGGGUUGGUGGAAACUGAGGAGCAGAGAGUUAAGGUGAAAAAUGCAGAGGAUCAUCUGUAUGAGCUGCCCGAGAACAUCCGCGUCAAUUCCGCCAAGAAAACAGAGGAGAUGUUGUCCAAUCAGAUGCUGAGUGGAAUCCCUGAAGUCGAUCUUGGCAUUGAGUAUGCAUUAAACAACUCAUUAAUUUUGUUUAAGAACUUUCAGCUGUUUAACAAAAAGGGUUUUUGCAUUGAGGUCAAGCAGUGACUACCUGGAGGAGGAGGAGAUGCAGCACUGAAACUGACACUGUGCUAUUUCUUUCCCAGUGCAAAGAUAAAAAACAUCAUCUCCACAGAGGAAGCAAAGGCUAAGCUUCUGGCAGAACAGAGGAACAAGAAAAAAGACCACGGGACAUCUUUUGUACCCACUAACAUCGCUGUCAACUACGUCCAGCAUAACCGCUGUGAGUUCUCUCAGUCCAAAUGUAACUGACUAGAAGUGAUUGAGUAUUGAAACAUUGGUUAAAUCUGUAAUUCUGUUUUUUCAGUUUAUCACGAGGAUGUGAAUGCACCACAGAGGCACCAUAGACACAGAGAGGAGCCAAAAGCAAGACCGCUGCGUGUUGGAGACACUGAGAAACCAGGACCAGAGAGUAAGACACGUUAUGCAUAUGAUAGCUGCACAACACAGUUAGAUUUUUACUUCUGAUAUACACAUGUACAGAAGUUCUCCUUUGGUAUUAUCUAACAAAUAUCUUCUGUUAAACCACAGCAACAUCACCACCCAACUACCGCAAACGUCCCAACAACGAGAAGGCCACAGAUGACUAUCACUAUGAGAAGUUCAAGAAAAUGAAUCGUCGGUAUUGAGGGGAUGGAUGGCAGGAACAACUGAACUGUAUGUCCUCUUUUACAAACGUUAAUGGAGCCAUGGAGAUCAUGAAUUUUUUUGGACUCCAAGCUAGGACAGUGUUGAACUUUGUAAAUAUUGUGACUCAUUCCCUUUGAUCACAGUACAUUGACUUUUUCAUGAUUAUGCGAAACAAUAUUGUGGCUCAGCUUGUCUGACGACGGUCAGUCGAAUGAAAGCUGAUUCUGCUCUGGGUUGUGAGAGCUUUUCUUUUUUUUAAUUUGGCUGUUGUAAUCUUUUAGUUGAAUAAUUGUGUUUUAAAGCUUUCAGUGACAGAUUUAAGAUUAAAAACAUAAAACCACAUGCUUUAAGUCAUCCUUUAAUCUGAAUUGUGCUUGGAGGAGUACAAAAAAGGGAAAACACAAUGUCCAAAACAACCUUACAAACAUGCAAUUGUUGUCAAUACUCAGAGAUUAUAAAAAUAUACAAACUAUUAAAAAGCUGCAAAUGUACAAAAAAAAAAACAUUUUUUCUAAAUUUUUCUCACCCCUUCUUUAUUGCAUGUAUGACAUAAAUCAGAGCACAUGCACUUAUGUAGUUGAAACAGAUCUAUGUUUGGGCUUUCCUUCUAAAUUCACAGAGUUUAACCUUCAGCCCACACAUGACCUGACAGCUGCAGGUCAAAACAAUAAACAAAAAAUCUAAAUACAAACAGAAAA